GCACAAGUCAGCAUCUCUCAUCCGCAGGCCUCUCGUCUCCAACUCACGCAGCGCAGCAGCAGCCAGCCAGCCAUGGACGUCAGCGGAGCUGGAGCCACCGGCAAGGUGAAGAAGGGAGCGGCCGGGCGCAAGGCCGGCGGACCCAGGAAGAAGUCGGUGUCGCGGUCCGUGAAGGCCGGACUCCAGUUCCCCGUCGGCCGCAUCGGGCGCUACCUCAAGAAGGGUCGGUACGCGCAGCGCGUCGGCACCGGCGCUCCCGUGUACCUCGCCGCCGUCCUCGAGUACCUCGCCGCCGAGGUGCUUGAGCUCGCCGGAAACGCGGCGAGGGACAACAAGAAGACGCGCAUCAUCCCGCGCCACGUGCUCCUGGCGAUCCGCAACGACGAGGAGCUUGGGAAGCUGCUGGCCGGCGUCACCAUCGCCCACGGCGGCGUUCUCCCCAACAUCAACCCGGUGCUGCUGCCCAAGAAGGUGGCGGAGAAGGCGGCCAGCGGCGGCGCCAAGGAGGCCAAGUCGCCCAAGAAGGGCGCCAAGUCCCCCAAGAAGGCCUAGAGAGGCUCUCCAUUAGUGCUAUGCUGUUGGAUGUUCCUGUUUGGUAGAUCUGUAGAUGGGAUGGCUUCUGAUGUAGUGUACUUACUGUGGCUUUGUGAUCUGUGCAUCUAGCUGGAAGAAGAAUUCAGAAACCAGAGUUUGUUACUUGCAGAGUGUUAUUUGAUGUUUCGUU